GCCAAAAUCAAAUGAGACGUUGACGUUAUUUUCAAAUUAUGACGGCUAGGCUGUAAAACAUGGUUAGUAGGAGGCGUCUAACUGUAUCUGGCGAUCACAAGCCCGAAGAACAGUCAUGUUGGUACAAACCCACUGUUUAUCAUGCUGCCAUCGUGAUAUUCCUAGAGUUCUUUGCCUUCGGAUUGCUAACCACCCCAAUGAUCUCGGUUUUAGAUGAGACAUUUCCCAAACAUACCUUUCUGAUGAAUGGUAUCAUUCACGGAGUAAAGGGAAUAUUAUCCUUCCUUAGCGCACCAUUUCUGGGUGCUCUCUCAGAUAUGUUUGGACGAAAGCCUUUCCUACUUCUAACAGUAACCUUCUCUUGUUCUCCAAUACCACUGAUGAAAAUCAGUCAUUGGUGGUAUUUUACAAUGAUCAGUAUAUCAGGUAUUUUCGCAGUGACAUUUUCAUUUGCUUUGGCAUAUGUCGCUGAUAUCACAUCAGAAGAAGAUAGAAGCUGGGGAUAUGGACUAGUUUCAGCUACAUUUGCCGCCAGUCUUGUCAGUUCACCUGCAAUUGGAGCUUAUCUUGGUCGUGUAUAUAGUGAAGAAUUAGUUGUUGCACUAGCUACUGCUAUUGCAUUUUUGGACAUUUGUUUUAUACUUGCUUGUGUACCUGAAUCUUUAUCGGAAAAAGUACGUAUUGGUCAUUUGUGCUCUGUAACUACAUUGGGUGGACCAGUUGGUAAAUUCUCAUGGGGUAAAGCUGAUCCUUUUGCGACAUUACGUCAAAUGACAAAUGAUCAUCUUGUUCUUAUGAUAUGUAUUACAACAUUUUUAUCCUAUUUGCCAGAAGCUGGACAAUAUUCAUGUUUCUUCGUUUAUCUUCGCUUAGUAAGUAUAUAUAUGGAAGAUAUUUUAUCGUUAUUUUUUUACUAUGGAGUCUGAAAUGGUUAUUGAAUCGUUAAGAUAUUUAGUUGAGUCUUAGGUUCGAACUCUGUCCCACGACAUAGUAAAUAUCACUAGUCCUCACACUUAAAGUGUGACUUGAUGCUAAGUAUACUGAUUUGUGUUUGGUAAAUUAAUUAAAAAAUAAAAAUAUCAAAUCUGAAUUCAAGAACCCUGUCCCAGGACUCAAAUUUUGAAUAAUUAAGCGUAUAUAUUGUGAAUCGUUAUACGAAAUUAGUGUAACCUUACAAUUUAUUGUAUACAUCUACAUAUUGUCCCGAUUUUUUACGUCUUUUCAAUCGUCUGAUUUUCUGUUCUAUCAAAUGUGGAUCGAUAGUCAGCAGUUAAUUAGGCAUAUACAACGUAUAACCUGCUACUUGUGUGUAUCGACUCAAGUUGCCACACCACAUUAGCACAAUGAGAUUCCAGAGUAAUAUAAGAAGGGACAGUAUUAGUGAUAGUAGAAAGAUUAUGUGUAGAAGAUAUGAUUGGGAAAGAAAAUAUUGAAAAUUAGGACCAUAGGAAGAAAAAAAGUGAAUAUACCCGAGUCAUCAUGAACAAUUCCAAGGCUUGUCACUCAAAGCUUACAAACUUGGUUAUGAUAGUUGCUCAGACUAACCAGGUGAUCUGCACCUACUUACAUGGUUCAGUUCAACAGUCAAUGAAUUGAUUGUUUGAUUUCACCCCGUGGCUUAAUCAUCCCUAGCUUUCCUCUAUCUUAGUCCUAAACUAGCUAUCACUGCUCAUCAAGGUCGACGGUGGUUGAACAUACGUAAUACUCGCUCCAACCACUAUCUCAGCUGAUAAAAAUUCGUUGCCUCAUCGAUCCCAACUCAUACGAACAAACAGUUCAAUGAUAUACUAGUAACGUACGAAUAUCCUGCAUUUUUAAAGUUCACGUCUCACAACCAUCGAUAGUAAAAUAAAUCUUAACUUAAAUAAUUACCUUAUGUAAUAUUUUUAUCAUAAAAUCGAAAAUAUUCAAUAGUAAGAAGUGUAGAUGUCAUCUGAAUUCAAUUACGACACUGUCACCAGAUUUCAAAUCCAAUAUCGUUAAUUACAUGAUAAAAUUGACUUUGUAGAUACUUCAUAAACAAGUUUGUAACUAUGGAUAUUCCUUGCUUUUACAAUCAAUCACUUCAUUCUAAUAUAAUUGUAUAAGUGUUUUCAACUCAUUUUAAUGUCUUGCAAUAUGGAUUGUGUCUAUUGUUUGUUUCAUGCAUUAUUAGUCAAUGAAUUUGUUAAACAAUAAUAUGAUAUCAGAAUGGGUUUUGUGGAGAUUUUAGAAAUUUCAUAGAUUGAAAUCAUGAGUCAGUUGAAGCUAGACCACCACCUGGUUGAACUCCACAGGUCUGUUGUGAGAUAGGAACUCACUGAAGACAAUGGUGUACGGCGGCGCAACUUCGUGGAUUGGUUGAAGUUAGACAUUAACACCGUUGGAUGCCGGCUCAGUGGUCUAGUGGUUAAGUGCUCGCGCGCGAAGCCAGUAGGUCCUGGGUUCGAGCCCCGCGUGGUGCGGGAUCGUGGAUGCGCACUGCUGAGGAGUCCCAUACUAGGACGAAACGGCCGUCCAGUGCUUCCAGGUUUUCAAUGGUGGUCUAGCUUCAACUGACUCAUGAUUUCAAUCUAUGAAAUAAUAUGAUACAUUGACAAUGAUUGUACUGUAAAUAUACACAAAUUGUUUACGAUAACAACAAGCAUUCUAUACCUUGUUAUAUAUAUAUUUUUGGUAUGAAUUUACUUAUGCGCAUACAUAGAGAUAUCAAUCUCAAAGAAAUUAUAUUUCUAAAUGAUAAAACGAAGUAUGCAUGUAUGAGAACAUGUAUGCGUUCAUAUAUAGAUAUAUAGAUAUAGCUGUAUGGACAAACGAUAUCUUAUUUCUACUUAAAAAGCUAUACAAUUUAGGUGUAAUACAAUUAUAGACAAACUAUAUACAUGUUUUAGUUCAUCAUUAUUGUCAUUUUCAUUCUUUCUUUGUAAAUAAAUAAGCAACAUUUAUAUCGUAAACAACUUGGUUACUAUCGAUCAAUAGUGUGUUUAUCUUUUACAAACAUCUUUUAUAAUCAGUUUUUUUGGUGCGUCCUUUUUUUUCUACUAAAAUGAUAAAUCCAAUUGUCAACUUUGUCAAUAGAGUAUCGUUUGUGUUGUUUGUCCUUGUUAUUAAGUUAUUCUUUUGCUAGAACCCUUCUAGGGUUACUAUCAGUUUCAAGUUCGGAUAGAAGAGGAGGGUCGGGUAUAGGAUCAGCAUCCCCAUUCUGUAGAAAACAACCUUGCUAAAAAAAAUACUAACCAGAAUAAGCAAAUUAAACCAUUUAAACUAUGCUAUUCGAGUUGAACGAUCUUUAUUCAGAAGUAUUAUGACGAUGUCUCAUGGUGAAAGCCGAGAUUUUUCGAAAGUCUCAAAGUCGAUGCCCGUUUCUGAUAGCCAGAGCAACAAUUAUUAUUGGUACAUGAAAUGUCCAAAAAAUGUUGGAGACUGAUAGGAUCAGUCAAAUAGCUGCGAAAAUGAGAAGAUGCAACCUGUUGGUGCUCGGAAUAAGUGAAACCCAUUAGACUCAAGCUGGACAAAAACAGUUAGUUUCGGGAAAGAUGGUUUUGUACUCUGGCCAUGAAAAAAAUAAGAUGCUCCGCACGCGCAGGUAGUUGCUCUCAUUCUGUACAAAGUAGCACGUAAAGCACUUAUUGGGUGGGAAUCUUAUGGAUCCAGAAUCAUCCAAUCAUCUUUCAAGAAAAAAGGCAAUCACAAUGAAUUUUAUCCAAUGUCAUACAUUUACUAAUGAUUGCAAAAACGACGAUAAAAAUAGGUUUUACGAGGGGCUGCAAUCAACUAUAACGAACUGCUCAGGAAAGGACCUGACAACGCUAAAGUCGAAAUAGACAACACCGGGUAUGAAUAUAUCAUAGGUCAUAUGGACUAGGAGAAGGAAACGAGAAUGGUGAGGGACUUGCAAAUUUAUGUGCAUCCAACAAAAUGGUUAUAGGUGGCACAAUAUUCUCCCACAAAUGCACAAAUAAAGCUACAUGGCUCUCACCAGAUCACACUAGAAAGAAUCAGACUGAUCAUAUUUACAUCACUGAAAAAUUCAAAAGGUCAAUGGAAGAUGUGAGAACCAGAAAAGGAGCUGACAUAGCUUCAUACCACCACGUGGUGGUUGCUAAGAUGUAACAAUUUAAAGAAGCACUGGACAAACAGCAUUACUUCGAGAUACUGACAAACUCAACAAAUCCACUAUAGCUCUUGUCAACAGGUCCAAAGCCUUACAAAAUCUACUGGAAGAAGAAACUACAAUAGAGAACAACUGGAAAGGGAUUAAAGAAGUAUUAACUUCAGCGUCCCAGGAUGUGUUUGGCCUCAAAACGCAUCAUCACAUGGAAUGGAUCUCUAUCAACACCUUGGACAGAAUCCAAGAGAGGAAAAACAGGAAGACAUCAGUUAACAACAGUCUAACAAGAUAAGAGAAAACCAAGAUAUCUCUUUAUCCCAGUGUCACCACUGAUACCAGGAUUCGAACCCGGUAUCAUUAAUUGCAGAUGACAGCCCAUUGUUCAUGGAAUCGCUUAAUCCGGAUAGCUAAUAGCUUGUGCAACUAGCAUUAGUUAUAUUUAUAACAGUUUGUAUUUCUUCAUAAUUGAUAGUAAGAACGGCUACUAAUUAUUAUCCACUGGCAUUCAUGGAUCCUAAGCGGAUAGUCUUGAUAUUGCCAUUUAGUCACAAUUUUUUAAAUAGAUUUUCAUUCUGGUUAGCUGUAGAAUCCGCGAAGCAAGUUUUGUCCUAUCCAAGACUGAUCGACUGAAUAUGCGUGCAUGCUAAUGUUAAUGUUAACACUGGAUUUCAAAUUUACUAACUCUCAUUUCAAAAACCCAACAUGUUAUCCACUGGACUAUACAAGCCCUAACAAACAAUCAGAUGAUAUUAUAGUGCUCCAAUAACCUGUAGUAGGUAUACAAUUAUAUUCAGAAAAUUUCACAUUGCAUCCGCGUCAGGGAUACCGAAGAGAUGGUCAGUAGUGUUAUAUUUUAUACUUCAAAUUAAUCAUGCUGUUCUUUCUAAUAAAAAUAAUAGGUCAUGGGAUUCACUGAAGAAAAUGUGGCACUAUUCAUUGCUGUUGUUGGUAUCAUGUCAUGUAUUGCACAAGUAAGUAUAAUUUUCUCCCUUAUUAUAAUAAAUUGUAACGUUCUUAUGGCCAUAGAAUUACAAGUACUAUUGAGAAGUAGUAACUAACCAUCAAGAUAUGACUUAUGUUUAGCCAAUCUAGUCAGUUGAUGUGAUUGCGAAUCUUCAUCGCUUGAAAUGUCUAAGAUAUGUACUACAUAUGCUCAAUCAUCAUCUACGUCGAUUUAGAGUGUAAGGGUGGGUUGACAGGAAACUAGGUUUGGUCAAACCUCACAUGUGGAAUCAUUCCCUGAAGCCACUCACUGUUUUUUUCGAGACAUAUUAUCAGCUGAAGACUACUUUUUUGCGAUUGUCGCGACUAUUUUGAUCAAUAUUUAAGGGCGUGGUUUACAGAGGUUUAGGAACAAGCCAUAAUAGUGUAUAUGUAUUUUAUCUUCGUCUUUUUGUAGAUUUUGUUUUUCUCAGUAUACGUACAUACCUUUUCAUUCCGUCUUAUCAAGCCAUACUCCUUGUAUUCAAUCUUCCUCAUUAUCAUUCUAACCACGUUACUUCAACUUCUUUACUUUUCGUCUCUUCAUACUGAUGUUAUGUAUUAUGACCUGGACUAACUCCUAUCUUAUUAUGGUUGUCUGCAAAUAAGACAAAAUACAUUAUCCAGAGUUAACAUUAACUCUGAGAUUCAGGUACAUCAAACUGACAAGUCUCAAAUAGGAUGAAACGCGCGUCCUAGAUUCCACUGCUAGCCAAUAUCCAUCAUUGCUUACAAUUAGCUUGUGAAUUAAGGUAAUAUCGAGGCAAUACACACAGUAUGCACAUAUACCAAUAACAGAUGGAUCAAUUGCAGUCUUAAACAUCAGUGGGAAGAUUCAAGGAAAACAAACAAUACAAAGUGAAUUUACAUUAACUAGUGUUUCAUAAUUGGUCUUUACUUUACAAGAAGAAAACUUCUAUAGAGUUGUUGAUAAGAAUUUAUCAAUACUUUAAGCUUAUCAAUAAAUAUAUUUAUAUUCAAUCAUAAAAUUUUUCAUAAUGAUUCAUAUUUAUGUAUUUGUUAUCUGUUUAAUAAUUAGUACAUAAUAAUCGUACCAUAUUUGUACUAAUUAAGUGGUUCAACAAUAUGUGACUGUGUCUAUCAUUACCUGUACAACAACAAUAAUAUGUAAUAUCCUGUUACAGCUUCGUUCUUUCUCUCUCUCUCUCUCUCUCUCACACACACACUCAUGUUGCAUUCACACAGAAAAUGUAUUCAAUGAAUGUAUGAGCAAGCGAUUAAGUGAGUGAUUGAAGAAAAUAAGAGAUUAGUAGUAACAAAGUGUUGAAAAUAAACAAAUUGAAUCCAUAUUAUACAUUAUUGUUUGUUAUUGCUACUAAUGAUUGAAUUUGAGUCAUGAAGAUGAAGAAACAAUAAAAGAAGGAUUUUGCCAUUAUUAUCAUCAUCAUUAUAUUCUUAUAAUAAUAGUAAUAAUGAUCCGAUUGAUUCUGAAUAUUGUUUAUAUAGUUAUUAUUAUUUAUCGUACCUGGACUAUAUUUUGUUUACUCUGUAACUACUUGUACUAGUAAUUAAAGAAAAAUGUAUUCUCAAUGGUUAAGAUCAUGAGUCAGUUGAAGCUAGACUACCUGGUUGUGGACCGCGAGAUGAUAGCAACCGAUAGUUAGAGACCCUGAAUGACAUGACUCAAAAUCGUUUGCAAUGACGCAGGUGCAUCCACUCUUUGUGUUCUCCCAAAUUCUAAUCUCCUGAAUCCUCCUUGUCUGUUUUUUUUCUCUUCCCAAAUUUAUUUCACUGGAUUAUACUCUUUAAAUAACAUCUCCAAACCCUAAUCUUCCCGAUUACUGCUUAUACUCUUAUUACCUCUACCACUACGGGAUUUGAAUUGACCACUGCAUCUCUGUGCUAAUGUGGUAUGGCAACUCGAACUGAUGUACGUACAGACGAAGUUCUACGUUGUUACUGACUGACUGAAGCUAGACCACCACGGAAAACCUGGAAGCACUGAACGACCGUUUCGUCCUAUUGUGGGACUCCUCUGCAGUGCGCAUCCAGGACCUCGCCCCCUGCGAGAUUCCAACCCAGGACCUACUGGUUUCGCGCGCGAACAUUUAACCACUAGACCACUGAGCCGGCAUCCAACGGUGUUAAUAUCUAACUUCAACUAAUUCACGAAAUUUUAGUGACACAUUCACCAUUGUCUUCAUCAGUGAGUUACUAUCUCACAACAGACCUGGUUGAACUCCAAUGGUCACUACUUCUCACUAGAACUCCAGGAUAUACCUCUUGAAGCCAGUCACUAGUGAGCAUAUGUUGUUUAAUAUCAGAUGGUGGUCUAGCUUCAACUGACUCAUGAUCUUAACCACUGAAAAAUGUAUUCAUUUAGUGUAUUUGUGUAUGUGCGUUUUUCUCAAUCUAUCUCAUUUUAAUAAAUAUGAUUAUUAUAGAAUAAAUCACUAAUAUGGUACGAUUUUAUUUUAUUUUAUUUCUAAGACUUUGUUAGAAGUUUUAUGGUGUUACAUUAUGAAUUGGCUAUUUGUUCUAAUCUUAUAAAUCUCUUAAUUGAAUCACGUGAGGUUAUACUCCACUAAUACAAGUAUGCUUUAUACUGAUCAGACUAAAUUGUUCUUCAUUUUAACCAAUGACCCAAUUUGAUUAACAACAAAUAAACUUGAACAAUAAUUGCACAAAAAAAACCUUUACUCCAAGAUUAAACUUCCAUCUAUCCUGGUAGUAGUAGUAGUAGUAGUUAAUCAUGAGUUGAAUACAUCAAGUAAAUAAAACCCUAUAUAUUCAUAAAUCUAUAUACAUUACUAAUUGCUUGAUUACAAAGCGCUACAAAUAAGAAAUCAUAGUUUACACAAUAGUUAAAUUAUAAUGUAGUAACUGCUUAAUUGAAUUCUUCAAAUAAUUACUUUGAUUAUUAAAAUCUUUUGUUUCUUCUAAUUAUUCACUAUUAUUUUAUAAUCAAUAUGACAUUAUAUAUAAUUAUUAUGUUACAUAACUACUACUCCUAAAGUAUUUCAUUGUUGUAAAUCAUACAAGAGAUAUUUCCUGGAGUUUUAAUGAGAAGCAGUAACCAGUAGAGUUCAACUGAGUCUGUUGUAAGAUAAUAACUCACUGGAGACAACGGUAGAUGUAUCGCUCAAUUUCGUGGAUUAAUUGAAAUUAGUUAUUAACACCGUUGGAUACUGGUUCACUGGUCUAAUAAUUAAGCGCUGAUAUGUCCUAGAUUCGAAUCUCACGAGGCGGGAUCGUGGAUGCACACUUCUGAGGAGUCCCACAUUAGGACGAAACGGUUGUUCAGUGCUUCCAUGAUGGUCUAGCUUUAAUUGACUCAUGAUCUCAACUACUAAAAUCAUAUAUAUGUUAGUGUAAAAGUCAUAAUGAAGGACUAAUUUUAAAAAAAAGUGUCUUUGUUCUAUUCGUUCUUCUUUUUACAAUACAUUUCAAAAUGAGAACUUUCACUAUAAACUUUAAGUAAUACAAACUUGAGCAAUCGGUCCGUAAUUAAUUCACAAUAAUUUAUGAUAAAUAAUCACGUAUUUAAAAUCUAAGCUCUUAUAUUUGUACCGAUUUCCUGGAUGGCAAAUCAAUUGAUGAAGUAAUGAAACUUCAUUAGUUAGGAUGGAUAGGACAUGUGUUACGUAUGCCCAACCACCGACUGUCCCGACGUGCGAUGUUUUAUGAUGUAGGAGUAGAUUGUAAGAAAGGUAGGGGCUGACAGACCAAAGCAUGGUACAAAUCCAUAAAGUCACUAACAAGCGAACUGGGCCAUGUUGGUUGGGAUCUGCGAGACGAUAGCGAAUGAUGGUUAGAGACCUUGAAUGACAUGACUCAAAAUCGUUUGCAAUGGCGCAGGCGAAUCUACUCUUUGUGUUCUCCCAAAUUCUAAUAUUUUGAAUUCUUCAUGUCCCUUUAUUUUUUCUCUUUCCGACUUUAUUUCACUGUAUUAUACUCCUUGAAUAACAUCUUCAAACCCUAAUGCUUCCGACUACUGUUUAUACUUUUACUACCUCUACGGGAUUUGAAUCGACAACUGCAUCUCUGUGCUGAUGUGGUAUCGCAACUCGAGCUGAUGUGCAUAUGUACGAAGUUCUACGUUGUUACUGACUGACUGACUGACCGAUUUCCUGCAUACUUUUCAUUCUUCUAUCUCAUUUGUUGAAUGUUUCAUUCUUAUGUUGAGCCUUACAGUUUUAUUCUUUCUCCGUUUUUCUGUGAACUGCAAAUGUCACAAGUUAUACUGAUAUUCAUUUAUGUUAUAUCAUAAAUUGUCUAUAAUCAAUUGACUAAAUUACUUAAUAUAUUGACAUUAAAGUAUAAACUACAUCAUCAUAAUAGUAGCAAUGUUGAACACUUUUGUUCAUUGUUCCGUAAUCAUAUCCAAUCUUCUCUAUUAUCUGUAUUUCUAUUUCAAUUUCUUUAUUGUUAUUUUAUGCUUUGUGUGUGUGUGUAUGAAAGAGGGAGUGAGAGAGAGAGAGAGAGAAAGCCUAUGUAUAUCACCAAUUUUUCGACAUGGAUAUAUGUUACUCGAUUUGUAUUACAUACACUGUAUAGGUACUAAAAUCAAAACACAUGUAAUUCAGUGCAUAUAACGUAUAAUUUUGUAGUCGACAUAACUCAUUUCAAUUGUAGAGUAUUUAAACAAACCGAAAAAUAAAAACAAAUCAAGUACAGUUUACCUGUUAAUUUAUUUCGUUGGUGUUUCAUACUUAAGAUUGUUGUCGAUUUGAUCAUUUUAAUAUUUUUCGAACUACUCAUUUGUUAAUUGAUCAUUUGAAUCAGCCUUACCUUUAAUUGAAUCAGUGUAAAGUUCUUGUUGUAAGAGUCUAGGGAUAAACUUUACAUUGUCAAAUCAAUCUAAGUAUAUUAUAGUCAGUAAUCACGGUUAUGUUUUCGUUUAUUCAAUUAUUAAAUUGUAGAUAUUUUUAUUAAUUUCCAUUGUAGAAUUAAUUGGAAGUUUGGGUUUGUCUGUGUUGUAAUUUUUCUCCCAUCAUGACUGACUGACUGCCCUACAUGUCCGUAGCAUAAUAGAGUGGUAUUUUCGUCGUAGAAAACUACAUUUUACAUAUAAGCUGACGAAAAUCUUAUAAUAAAACACUCCUUCUAUCAUGGAUUAGGAUAAUGUAAAUAAACAUUUUCGCUUCAUUCUAAUUGGUCGCCAGGCUCAAGUUUGAAACUACGUACAAAAGUAGAGUUUAUCUUCACUCUUGUUAGAGGAUUGUAGAGAUUUUUUCAUACUGUUUGCCUGAACCAAUAGUCGUUAACAGAAAGCCAUUGAUACAAAAUUUACAUUCAAAGCAAAGCCGCAAAAUGCCCUGGUACGGUCCAGGAUGGGGGAGAUUCAGCUCUCCCUCUCGAAAUGCUCUUACAGCCACUUUCAGCGAAGUUCUGCUCACUGCUUUCUCGCGGUGAGGUUUUUGUUUACGAAAUAGAGAGGACGAAGAGCGAAUAUCCAGUGCUUUAACCGAGUUGGUGGAUAUAGAGGGUCCACGUAGGGGAGUUGGGAAACCCUGAUUCCAAACCAAUGGUGUGCAUGGACUCCAGGUUUGUGAAGGAACAAAUGGAGUAUGAACCUAUUGUUGGUCAGCGGCUAUCACGCGUUCGCGCCUCCUAACAUUGCUCCACUCCCUUGUGGAUUAGACCUAUCUGUUAAAAGCUCGGGGUGGCCUCCUAAGAAAACUACCUGUCCCGGUCUGGACACCUGGGCAGUAAUCCAGCCCUCUCACAUAUCGAAUUACAAAGUGUGGUACACACAUAAUUGAUGCCUCUAUAUACUAAUUUUUAUGUGCUCAAAUGAAUAAAUCAAGGCAAAAUAAUUCAAUACUCGGAAUAGAUCAUACAACUGCUCUCCUGUAAUUACACUCCAAUCACACAGGCCUCACUAUAAAUCAAUCAUAUAUCAUUUUCCCAUCAUAUCUGUAAAGCAUAUCCCAUCCAUCUCAGUCGUUGAGGAUUCUCUACCUCGUUAACCGAUUUGACUUAAUUACCUAGAUAUUCAUAUGCCUGAAGGUAUAAGUUUGAAUGUUGGCUUAGUGGUUUAGUCGUUUGACUUCCAAUCACUAGGCCUUAGAUUCCAAAUACGCUUCCCUUACUUUGGUUCCAGUCAGUCAAAUGUAGGUAACAUAGAACCUCGUUCAUGUGUACAUUGGUUUAUGUUUCCGCAUAACAGCAAGAUGAAAUUGUCGGUGGAAAUCCCAGAGUAAUAGAUAUAGUAAAAAUAUUAUUGUUCAUAAAAAGAUUAUACGAUUAUACGGUUAUACGAUUCGAGAAGAAAAUAUAAAUUAAUCAGAUAAUAAGAAAUUUAUCGCAGUUUUAGAAACUUAAGAUUUAAAGGAAGACAAAUAGUGAAUGCACUGUGCGAUUGCGAAUGAUUUAGAACCAUAGCACUCAACAUUUCUAACCAGUCGUUAUGAUAGUCACGUGGACACGUAACCAGGUAGUCUACACCUAUGUACGUGACCAAGUCCCAGCAGUCAGUGUCUCCAUGGUCUGAUACCAUGUUUUCAUUUGCCUGAUUAUAUCUUUCUUCUACUUCGGUUUGCACAACUAGUUAGUAUCAAUAGCCUUCGUAAUUUGUGUAUGACACAUGUCAAACUACCUGAUAAAUGAGUUAAUCUAUUUUUCUGUUGUUUCUUUUUUCUUUUCUAUAUUAACAGACACUUAUUUUAUCUUUAUUAAAUCGUAUUAUGCGACCAAAACGUGUUAUUAUAUUUGGUUUAAUAUUUGAAGCAAUUCAAUUAACAUUAUAUGGUUUUGUUACAAAUUCUGGCUUAUUAUGGUCAGCUGGUUUAAUUGCUGCUACGGGCUCUAUCACAUAUCCUGCUCUAAGUACAUUUAUAUCAACUCAUGCUGCAGCGGAUCAACAAGGUGUAGCACAAGUAAGUUAAUUAUUAUUGAUUACUAUCAGAUUCUGACUAAAUAUAAAGUUUUCGAUUAUCAUGAUUUGAUUACAUUCACUGAUAUAAAGUAUUCGAGUUUCAGUCAUCAAGUCCUAGGUUUGGACCCCACUCCGUCUAUUUUGGUUUCAGUAAUCGAGUAAUAUAGUACCUACGAUGCCGGGUCACUUAGAUUGGUGGCCACAUUUUAACUUUAUUGAUAUAAUUCGAUUCGUACAUGACAUUGGUCACUACCCAGUGAUCAAUCAGUUGUAAACACAUCUCAAUAUUACAGGAGGUGGUAACGCCUCUGACUGUGAAGCUAUGUGACACAAGAUCAAGUCCGAAGGAAGUAUCAGUUCUCUCAAGAUAACAAAUGCGCCUUGGUGAUGAGUGCCAAAUACCAUAAGACGUAGGUUCAAGGUUUCUUGUCGACUACCUCUAGCUACCACCUUACACGGAGUAACAUCUUUACCCUUCAUUUUUCGAUUGUGAAUUCUAAUCAAGUAUCUGUUAAAUGAGUUAAUUAUUAAUUUAAAUUAGCAUUCACUAACAAAAUGUUUAGUUUCGACUAAAAGAUGCCAAAAUGUGUUAAGAGGUAAAUCUUAUCUAUUUUGAAUGCUUUACUUCGAAACCUAUUGUAGGUACAAAAAACAAGGGUAUCUUUAAGAUUGUAUAUGAUUUUAAAAUUCUAGAUCUUUUUGGCAAACAUGAAAAAAAUUAAUAGUAAAUCGAUGGUUUUUCAGUCGGGACAAUAAAGAAAAUCAUUCGUUUCUUAGAAUUGUAUUUGAAAUUUAAAAAGAACACCGAUCAUUCGAUGUAUUAUCUGCAUUUCCAUGGUUUCUAAGAACACUUUCGAGGAAUUAUCAUCGAAGUCAGUGAGCUCAACCUUUAGACAGACUGUAUUACUCCAUAUCUAACAUUACCGUGAUAAUUAUGCAAUAAGCAUCAAUUUGUAAUUGUCCUCAUUCCGACCUUCUUGAGAUAGUUGGAUCGCCUAACAGUCACAGUUGAAUUCGGGUAUCCAUCAACAACGUUUUCUUUAACUUAAAAUCUGAGUUAAUUCACUAUGCUCUUUGUAAUUGUCAGGGUCUUAUCACUGGAAUACGAGGUUUAUGCAACGGACUUGGACCUGCUCUGUUUGGGUUAUUCUUUUAUAUAUUUCGAGUUGAUCUCAAUGAACAUACAUCAGGUGUACAUAUAAUCAACAAAGAUAAGAGUAACUCCCUAGUAUCUGAUACUGUACAACUUUUACAAGAACGUUUAAUACCAGGACCACCAUUUGCUUUUGGUGCUAUUCUAGUUCUGUUAGCAAUUCUAGUAGCUAUUUUUAUACCGGAAAAGCAGACAUCACCUGAAUUGAGUCAUUCAAAAAUUAUCACUGAUACAUAUGAAUCAACACAUGGUGCCAAUAUUUAUGGCGGUGAAACUCGACUAAGGCGUAGUUCACCAUCAGGUCAAUCUCAUAAAACUACAGCGGAUUUUGAUCAAUUCACAUGUGGAAUGGGUGCACCUAACACUGGUGAUAGUGACAAGUCGAAAUUGAUAAUGAGUACUGUUGAAAUGUCUAAAUAUAAUCUAAAAAGUGGCAUUUCACACAGUAAUUCAAUCGAUAACAGUGGUAUUUGGAAUCGCUUAAUGACUGGUCUUACAGAUUUUCGUAAUCCAGUUUAUAUAAAACAACGACCAAAUCGUGUUUAUCGUCAAUCAAAAACUCGUUUUAGUACGGCAGGUAUUGUAGAACCAUUUCGUCGAUUAUUUAUUCGAAAAACUUAUGAUGGAAAUAUUGGUAGUUGUGGUGUUAGCGGUAGUGGUGGUGGUGGAUUUCUUGAUCAUGAAGCACGUCUUCAUUAUUCCAGACUGCCCUUUACUGUUAUCUCAUCAUCAGAUAAUAGUAGUCCAAAAUAUUUAGACGAUAUAUCAAAGAAUGAUUUACUAUUUUCUAAUCCUUUAUUAUUAAAUCCUGGUGAAUCCGAGGAAGCAGCUGAUCUCAGUAAUUAUCGUGCACAUCAUUUCCGACGUAUGUUUAUUGCUCCUAAUACAGCAACUACUACUCCUUUUAUUAAUAAUAAUAAUAAUAAAAGUGCUAUUACUACUUCUUCAUCUGAAUUUCAUCCAUCACAAAACUAUGAUCCUACUAGCUCAUUGUUAAUCACUUCUAAUGAAACUGGUCAAUUAAAUCCAUUGGGAGAGAAUGAAGAAGAUACAUUUAUUAAACAUUGCAAUUCUUCCAUAUCACCUAUAAUUAGUCCUACAGGUAGGAAAAUAAUGAAACAAAAGUUUUUUACAACAAAUUCUUAUAAAGAAUCAAUUCAUGAUACAUGAUGGUGAUGAUGAUGAUGAUAAUGUCCGCUUUACCUUCUAUUUGAUCUAUUGUAGAUAAUUAUCAUUAAUUCGAUCUGGCACAGGAAAUGACCUUAAUAUAACACCGUUCAUAAAUCAACAGGUUGUGUCCAUUUAAGAAAUAUUAAAAAUUCCCGUCUGAUACAUUGGAUCGCUGUAUAAUACAUGUACUACUACCUCAACAAUUACUGAACUAGUAUACUUAAAACUUACUUCUAUCACAUGUUUGUUCUGUACAUCUAAUGUUACUAUUUAUAUCAGAUUGAUCAUGCCCCUGUAAACUGACGUGAAUUCUGUAAUUAUUAUUUUCAGAAUGUAUAAAUGAUUAUUCAAUGAGUUACUAAGUCCAGAUACUCACUGAUUCUCAUUCACAUUAUUUAUAGCAUCCCCAUCAUGUCUGGAUACUCAGAACUGAAUUGUUGAUGAAUCUUUAAUUCAUAAUUAGUGAAAUGAAAGUAAUAAUAGUUUAUUUCCAUGAUUAUUAAUUCUGUUUAUCAUUUUUUAUCUUCCUUUUUUUGUUUGUUUUUAUUUUGUAAAUCCACAGACUAAUCCAGCUGGUUACAGUAUUCAUUUUCAUUUUACUUGAUGUAAAAUUACAAAGUGAGUGCCUACUGUUCAUCAUUUUUUUAAAAUUUAGAUUGAAAAAAGAAAUCCAGAGAAAUAUACUCUGUAUCUAUAUGUCUCUCUAUUUUUUCAUGGCUGUCUCCGUCACACUCACACCCCCCCACUUAUAUAUGUAAUCACUUGGUGCCAAUAUAUCAAUGCAUGUAUGUAUGAACACUGUGAUUAGAAUAUUCAUGCCAACACAAACAAUGCAUACAUACACAUACAUAUACACUGAUACACACACAAAGGAUAAACCAGUUCAAGUUUCAACUUUAGUUACAUGUAUUUGUUAUUGAAUUUUAUGUGCUACUUUACUUUUUCAUUUUAUUUUACAUCAUUUAAUACAUUUGUACAGUGUAGUAUUAAAGUUUAUACUCAUUGUGUAUAUGUAAAGUAGUGUGUAUCUAUGUGUGUAUCUAUCUAUGUGUAGGUCUUGUAUACUUGCAUACUCUACUCGAUACAUGUAUGGUAUAUAUUUUGAUUGAGAACAAUUGUAUCCAUCAUAAAAUAAGAUUUUGUUUUUAAUAAUUUUAUAAGUAGUAUCUAUCAUUGUUUACAUAAUACUAUCUAAUUGUAAUUCACUUUUUUUUUCUCUCAUUUGAUAAAUUAAAAAUUUGUUUGAUCUUAUGAUGAUGUUUGAAUUUUGUUCUAAUUUGUAUAAAGAACCAAUGAAUAAUCUGUUCAAUGUACAAUUUUUCCUUGAUAACAAUAAAAAAAGAAGAAAAAAAUCAUUAACACAUUGUUGUUGAUUUGUGUUACUUUACUCCCUGUUUGUUUGUUUGUGAAUCUAUUCGUCUGUAUGAUUGUGUAUUAUGUGAUUGUGUACUUCUUCUUCUGAGAUAGUGGAGAAGAUUUGUAGCUCAGGUGGAUGAUUUUGGUGGAGUUUUGUUCUCUGAGCUGGUUAGUUUAGUUGUGGAGCUUUCAUCGUUCUUCUGAACGACAUCAUCAGUACAAACUUCAAACCAUCCAGCUCAGAGAACAAAACUCCACCAAAAACCACUUCUUUUUCACAAGGAUUUCUAAUGUCAGCCAACAAAAUGUUCACUUAUAAAAUGCAUAAGAAUAUGACAUAAUUUUGUUUUUUCUUUAUUCAAUUAUGAUCUGUAUUCUUUUGUAUGUGUGUGUGUAGGUAUGUGUUUAUGUUACCCAAUCUACAUAUGCAUAUUUACGUAUAACAUUGAUUACGUAAUAAGGCAACAUUGACUAGUAAGAUAUAUAUGUUGUAUGGAUUUGGUGUUCAUCUUGUUGUGCUAAUAAGGUAAUGGCAAAUUGGACCGAUGCAUAUAUGUGCCUAGUCCUACGUUGUAACUGACUGACUGUGAUACCGGCUUUGGUAAAGACCAGUUAUCCUUUCCCAAAUUUGAGCUAAUCUAAGUAUAUAAAUUAAUCUUUCAUAAUCUUUUUAGAUAGCUGAAAGAAUAUCCGUCGUAAAUUAUGAUUUUGUUUCUCUUGAAUCAGGUUAAAAAGAGUCGAAGAUACUCGUAAGCUACUAGUAUUUGACCACAGAUGCCUUGGAAAUAUUACCACCAUCUGCCGGGAUCACCGGGCAAGUAAUAGUGAGGUUAGACGCUGGGUAUUAGGGAAUAAUGGUAGAUUAGUUGAUGACGUUGUGAAUCUUCAUCAACUGAGAUGGUUGGGCCACGUGUUACGAAUGCCUGAACACCGAUUAUCACGAUGUGCAAUGCUAACCGGUGUUCGGGAUGGUUGGAAGAAAGUUAGGGGUGGCCAAACCAAAACGUAGCAUUAGUCCCUGAAGUCACUAACUUCUAGUCUUAGCCAUGUUGGUACAUGCACACUACCUGGUUGGUGUUCGCUUGACUAUCGUAACCAAUGGUUGGAGACUCUUGGUGACAUGGCUCAGAAUCGAUCACAACGGUGUCGGUGUAUACACUAUCUGUCUUCCCUUAAACUGAGAGAUUAAAAUCGCUUCAUAUCUUUCUACGAACUAAUUCUUUCUUCCUGUACUAUAUCCUUAUUGCAAUCUUAGUUUUAUAUAUUACCACAACUGAAUUAAUUACUUUUAUGAAUCCGGUGUCCAUCUUGUGUUAAUGAGGUUGAAAGUGAAGACGGAGGUUGAUUAUGAAUACAGUGGUCUUGAGUGCUGUUAAAGGUAUGAGGGCGGUUAUCACUUCCCGGUUGCCCACACUGUGGAACGGUUGUUCUGGAGGUACCUGAAAAGGGAAUUGGAUUAGAGGUGGUCUUAGUGACCUGGGAGGGUAACCGCAGUGCCCAAGGGACAACUCCUUGAGGUCGGUCACACACGACCUUUUUGUGAGUAAUUUUCGUGUGUGCUCAGUAGUUGUUGAGACCUUACCUCCUGAGACGGAUAUCUGUGUGAUGUGGCGAGGUGUGCAUUUUUAGUACCGACCUUUUCUAACCCCAUCCCUGCUUGUGGGAAGGCAGCAUCGCUGUCAUGCCGGUUGUCUGAAGGAAACAACUUACUGCCAUCACACCUCUGUACAUUCAGCAGUACGGCUUCGCCCUUAGACCUUGUGUUUGCUGCUUUUAUUCUUACC